AUGAGUUGGUUUUCCGGAGACAGCUACCAGGCCGGAGCCUACGAUCAGGUUACCCAGAGGCCCCACGAAGCCUCGUGGUCUCACGAACUCAUCGCUGGAGCUGCCGCUUUUGAGGCUGCCAAAGCCUACGAGAAUCACGUUGCUCAGAACGGACAGCCAGAUUCACAUGCUACGGCAAAGGAGCUCAUCGCUGGAUUUGUAGGGGCUUUCCUCGACCGAGAGAUCGAGACCAAGGGUCUUGAUUGGUACGACCGUCAGCGUGCCGAGAGCCAAGCUGGCGCCGCAGCCUUCGAGGCGGCAAAAGCAUACGAGAACCAUGCUGCGAACAACGGUCAUCCCGCAGACCACGCAACCGCGAAGGAGCUCCUUGCGGGAUUCGUGGGUGCCUUUGUUGAUCGCGAGGUUGAGACUCGGGGGCUCGAUGCCAUUGAUAGGGCGCGUGCUAAGCGCCAUGCCCAGGAUCAGGCCGAAGAGGCCCUCGCUCAACAGGGUAUCUACUAG